AUGGAAAAACUGUUGGAAGUUUCCAUCGAGAAGGAAAAAUGUAUAAAUACUGAAGUGGUCUCGGUAAACGACUUUAGUAAAAUGGUUUCCAAAAAGAAAAUGAAAUGGUUACAUAGUCAGCUGCCAUCAUGCUCUGGUUUAGAGAGCAGCGGGCCUUCGCAGUUGAGAGCUUCUUUUCUAACGGUCGCUCACUUGUUACUACGCAACGUGCCUUCCGCGCUCGCUUUGAAAUUCCUCCUCACAGACUCGUUACUGGCCGUAAUUCGAUUCUGUCGUGGUUUAACUCAUUUCGGGAGUGUGGAAGUGUCGCUAAACCCAGAAAUGGACUUCAACGGACCAUCAGAACUCCGGAAAAUAUCGAAAGAGUGA